UAGUCUUCCGAGUCGGCCUCGCUGCGAGGCGGGCGCGCGGGGACCUUGUACCCGCCGCGGAGCCACUAUGGGCCGGCCCGGCCCCGGGCGCCACGCCGCGCGAGCACCGGCCUAGAGCCAGAAUUGAAGCUCCAAAAUGGCUGACCAGGACCCUGGGGGCAUUAGCCUCCUCCAACAAAUGGUGGCCUCAGGCACUGGGGCUGUGGUCACCUCUCUCUUCAUGACACCCCUGGAUGUGGUGAAGGUCCGCCUGCAGUCUCAGCGCCCCUCGCUGGCCAGCGAGCUGAUGCCUCCUUCCAGACUCUGGAGCCUCUCCUUCGCCAAGUUGCCCUCCUCUUUCCAAUCCACAGGGAAGUGCCUCCUGUACUGUAAUGGUGUCCUGGAGCCCCUGUACCUGUGCCCAAAUGGUCCCCGCUGUACCACCUGGUUUCAGGACCCCACUCGCUUCACCGGCACCAUGGAUGCCUUUGUGAAGAUCGUGAGACAUGAGGGCAUCAGGACUCUAUGGAGUGGCCUCCCAGCCACCUUGGUGAUGACUGUGCCAGCCACUGCCAUCUAUUUCACCGCCUAUGACCAACUCAAGGCCUUCCUGUGUGAUCGAGCCCUGACCUCUGACCUCUACGCACCCAUGGUGGCUGGCGCACUGGCCCGCCUGGGCACUGUGACUGUCAUCAGCCCCCUGGAACUGGUACGAACAAAGCUGCAGGCUCAGCACGUAUCAUACCGGGAGCUGGGUGCCUGUGUCCGAGCUGCCGUGGCUCAGGGCGGCUGGCGCUCUCUCUGGCUGGGCUGGGGCCCCACUGCCCUUCGGGAUGUGCCCUUUUCAGCCCUGUACUGGUUCAACUAUGAGCUGGUGAAGAGCUGGCUGAGUGGACUCAGGUCAAAGGACCAGACAUCUGUGGGCAUCAGCUUUGUGGCUGGCGGCAUCUCAGGGACGGUGGCCGCCAUCCUGACUCUACCCUUCGAUGUAGCGAAGACGCAGCGCCAGGUCGCGCUGGGAGCGGUGGAGGCUGUGAGAGUGACGCCCCCUCACUUGAACUCCACCUGGCUGCUGCUGCGGAGGAUCCGGGCCGAGUCAGGCACCAGGGGACUCUUUGCAGGCUUCCUCCCGAGGAUCAUCAAGGCCGCUCCCUCCUGUGCUAUCAUGAUCAGCACUUACGAAUUCGGCAAAAGCUUCUGCCAGAGGCUCAACCGGGAUCAGCCUCUGGGCUCUUGAAAGGAUCGCAGGGCAAGGCCCCUGUCUCUUCCGGGGAUGGGGGCGGGGUGGGAGAUUGAGUCAAGUGCCUGGUCCUUAGCACCCGGGGGAGGGGCCUCGUCUCCCUUCCAUCUCAGCUAUGAGCCCCAGGGGUAGGGGGCUGCCCCUCUGGGCCCUCCCAGGCCCCCCUCAGACAGCUUUCUUCCUGCUGCUCCUCAUUUCCAAGCCCCAAGAAUCACUUUUCCACCUCUGCAAAUUCAAGACCAAGUCUGCUACCUGCCCUUCCCCAUUUCCUUGUGUGUUUGCUGUAGCUGGGCCUGCCCCCAGGAGCCACCAAACCCUGGGCCUGGCCUAGUCUGCACCCACCCCUGUUCAUUCCUUGAGUCUAAAAAUGAUGAACUUCUCUC